GGCCUAGCGGCACGGCAGUCGGCUGGUCCUCGCUCUGCGGAAAGCGGUUGUGGCCCGACAGACUUCCACUGCGCUCUGCCGUGUGCGCUAGACGGUUGGCGAUAAGCAAUGGUGCCCACUUUGGAAGGAAGCUCUGAUGCUCUGUUUCCAGAUUUCCCCAAAGGACCCCUCCACGCCUACCGAGCAAGGGCCUCCUUCAGCUGGAAGGAGCUGUCACUGUUCCUGGAAGGCGAGGACAUGCUCCGGUUUAAGAAAACCGUCUUCUCAGCUUUGGAGAGCGAUCCUCUCUUUGCCCGUUCCCAUGGCGCCCAUCUGUCCUUGGAGAAGUACCGCAAGCUGAACUUCCUUCGCUGCAGGCGGAUCUUCGAGUACGACUUCCUCAGCGUGGAAGACGUGUUUAGGAGCCCUCUGAAAGUGCUGGCGUUCCUUCACUGCCUGGGCAUGUAUGACUGGUCCCUGGCUGCCAAAUACUUCCUCCACACCAUGGUUUUUGGAUCAGCAAUUUACAACUCCGGUUCUGAAAGACAUUUCGAAUACAUUCAGAAGGCGUUCAAUAUGGAGAUUUUUGGAUGUUUUGCCCUGACCGAAGUAAGCCACGGGAGCAAUACCAAGGCCAUUCGGACGACCGCUCACUACGAUCCUGCCACAGAGGAAUUCAUCAUACAUUCCCCUGAUUUCGAAGCUGCCAAAUUUUGGGUCGGCAAUAUGGGCAAGACUGCUACUCACGCAGUCGUGUUUGCGCAACUGUACGUGCCGGGGGGCCAGUGCCACGGACUGCAUCCUUUUCUCGUGCAGAUUCGGGACCCAAAGACCCUCCUUCCCAUGCCAGGGGUGAUGGUCGGCGACAUGGGGAAGAAACUCGGGCAGAACGGACUGGAUAACGGGUUCGCCGUGUUCCACCAGGUGUGCGUUCCUCGCCAGAACCUCCUGAACCGCACUGGAGACGUCACCCCCGAUGGCACCUACAUUAGCCCCUUCAAGGACGUCAGACAGCGCUUUGGAGCGUCCCUGGGCAGCUUGUCCAUGGGUCGAGUCUCCAUCACGGGCAUGUCCGUUGUUAACUUGCAACUGGCCGUAUCCAUAGCUCUUCGUUUCUCAGCCACUCGGCGGCAGUUUGGCCCAACACAGGAGGAGGAAAUACCGGUACUUGAGUAUCAAUUGCAGCAAUGGCGCUUGCUUCCUUACCUGGCGGCUGCCUACGCCUUACACCACUUCGUCAAGUCACUCUUCCUGGACCUGGCGGAGCUGCAGCGGGGCCUUCUGGGAGGAGACCGCAGUGCCAGGCAGGCAGAGCUUGGACAUGAGAUCCACGCUCUGGCAUCAGCCGGCAAGCCCCUGGCCUCGUGGACAGCCCAGCAAGGAAUUCAGGAAUGCCGGGAGGCGUGCGGAGGACACGGUUAUCUGGCUAUGAACCGGCUGGGGGUCCUCAGAGAUGACAAUGACCCAAACUGCACGUACGAGGGUGACAACAACGUCCUGCUGCAGCAGACGAGCAACUACCUUCUGGGGCUCCUGGCACGCCGGGACCAAGGUGGAGCUCGCCUCCAGAGCCCUCUGAAGACGGUGGACUUUCUAGAAGCCUAUCCCGACAUCCUUGGCCAGAGGUUCACCGGAUCCAGCUUUGCCGACUGCCUGGACUCUGCAGUCCCCGUGGCAGCGUACAAGUGGUUGGUUUGUUACCUGCUCCGAGAGAGUUAUCAAAAAUUAAAUCAAGAGAAAAGAUCAGGAAGCAAUGACUUUGAAGCAAGGAACAACUGCCAGGUGUACUACUGCCGCUCCUUGGCCCUGGCGUUCAUGGAGCUCACGGUGGUGCAGAGGUUCCACGAGUACACGCACCAGCCGGGUGUGCCGCCCUCGCUGCGGGCUGUGCUGGGCCGGCUCAGCGCCCUGUAUGCCCUGUGGUCCCUGAGCCGACACACGGCUGUGCUCUACCAAGGUGGAUACUUCUCCGGCCCGCAGGCAGGUAAAGUGGUGGAGAGCGCCAUCCUGACCCUGUGUUCCCAGCUGAAGGACGAUGCAGUUGCCCUGGUAGACGUGAUCGCCCCUCCUGACUUUGUUCUGGACUCACCCAUUGGCAGAGCCGACGGAGAGCUCUACAAGAACCUCUGGGGCGCCAUCCUCCAGGAGAGCAGCGCGCUAGAGAGGGGGUCCUGGUGGUCCGAGUUCUCCCACAACAAACCCGUCAUAGGAAGUUUGAAGCCAAAGCUAUAGUUGCACCAGCACACGUUCAGCUAAAUGUAAUUAAGCUAAUUGAACUAAUCAAUUCAUAGGCGUCAAACUCAAGUUUCAGAAGACACCAGAAAUUUCCACUGCUUUCUGAACAUGCACCUCUAUGCUUCAGCCACUGCCUGGCUCCUCCCUGCAGAGGUGACCAGAGGUGGUCCCCGGAGGGCUGACCUGGGAUCCUAUGGCUUUGGUGUGCAGAGGAAACUUAGAUGGCCACAUCUUCCUGAUGAGCUACGGGACUUGUGAUGACUAGAAUUUCGCAUGUUCGAUUUUCAGAUACAGCUGCCCAAGACGUGGCAGACUGCUCAUCAUUGGGGGUUUUCUGAUCUGCGACUCUGCAGAGCUCUGCUUCGCUAAGGAGUUGGGGACUCAGUCCAAUUCUCUGUUAGCUCCACUUUCACUUUAUCAUGUAAUCAAAUUAUAACCUGUUUGCACAGCGACCAAAUGCCUUAGCUUAAGAUUUUUAAGGGGGAAAAAUCUAUUUUAAUACUUUUUUUGUGGAACUGAAAGUUUCCAACGAGGAAAUGUUUCCAAUUAAAAACGAGUCAUGAUUUGAA